CACUGCCUCAUUUCACUCAAAACUCUCGCACUCCCACUCUCCAUCUAACCCCCCCGUCCUCGUCUUCUUUCUCUUCUCCUGCUUCAGAUUUCUUCAGAAAUUGCAGAGACAAAAAUAAAAUGCAACUCUUCCUUUUGCUUCUCCUUCUGCUGUACCUCCAUAUCCAGUACCCAACCGUGUCUGCAGCGCGCCUCCCGGAGUACAGAGCCCUUCUCUCCGUCAAGUCCUCAAUCACUGAUGACCCACAGUCGGCGCUCUCUACGUGGAGCGCCACCACCAGCCACUGCACCUGGUCUGGCGUCACGUGUGACUUCUACCGUCGUCGCGUGACUGCCCUUGACCUCUCGUCCCUGAACCUCUCGGGUACCCUCUCCCCGGACCUUGCUCACCUUCGUUUCCUCUCGAACCUUUCCGUCGCGGCAAACCAGUUCUCCGGGCCCAUCCCUCCCGAGCUAUCCUCCCUCUCCGCCCUCCGCUUCCUUAACCUCUCCAACAACGUCUUCAAUGCCACCUUCCCCUCCCAGCUCUCCAACCUCAAGAAUCUUCAGGUUCUGGAUCUCUACAACAACAACAUGACCGGUGAGUUGCCCCUGGCCGUAACCGAAAUGCCCAUCUUGCGCCAUUUGCAUCUCGGCGGGAACUUCUUCGCGGGUAGGAUCCCGGCCCAGUACGGGCAAUGGCAGUUCCUGGAAUACUUGGCGGUUUCCGGUAACGAACUCGAGGGCGCUAUACCCCGCGAGAUCGGGAACUUGACGAAGCUCAGGGAGCUCUACAUUGGGUACUUCAAUACCUACGAAGGUGGCUUACCCCCGGAGAUCGGGAACCUUUCAGAACUGGUUCGUUUCGACGCUGCCAGCUGUAGCUUAUCUGGUGAGAUACCGCCAGAGAUUGGAAGGCUCCAGAAGCUCGACACUCUGUUUUUGCAAGUAAAUACGCUCUCGGGGCCUUUGACGGUCGAGCUUGGCAACUUGAUGAGCCUGAAAUCCAUGGACUUGUCGAAUAACGUGUUUACGGGUGAGAUUCCAGCGUCAUUUGCCGAGCUAAAGAACUUGACACUGCUGAACCUGUUUAGAAACAGGCUUCACGGCGCGAUUCCUGAGUUUAUUGAAGACUUACCAGAGCUGGAGGUGUUGCAGUUGUGGGAGAACAACUUUACUGAGCACAUUCCUCAGGGGCUGGGAAAGAAUGGGAAGCUUCAGCUUCUCGAUCUUUCAUCUAAUAAACUCACUGGUUAUUUGCCUCCUAAUAUGUGUUCUGGGAAUCGGCUCCAAACUGUGAUUACUUUGGGAAACUUCUUGUUCGGUCCAAUCCCGGAACAACUCGGGAAGUGCGAAUCUCUGAGUCGGAUCCGAAUGGGGGAGAACUUUCUCAACGGUUCAAUACCAAGGGGUCUUUUCGGGUUGCCCAAGCUCACCCAAGUGGAGCUGCAGAAUAACUAUCUUACCGGGCAGUUUCCGGAUACAGAUUCCGUCCCGGAGAGUCUUGGCCAAAUCAGUCUCUCCAACAACCAGCUUUCCGGGCCGUUACCUCCGAGUAUCGGUAACUUCUCCGGUAUUCAGAAGCUUUCCCUUGAUGGUAACCAGUUCACAGGUCGAAUCCCACCACAGAUUGGAAGUCUACAGCAGCUUUCCAAGAUGGACUUCAGCCACAACAAAUUCUCGGGCCCCAUUGCGCCAGAAAUCAGCCAAUGCAAACUGUUGACCUUCGUUGAUGUCAGUCGAAACGAACUCUCCGGUGACAUUCCGAACGAGAUCACCGGUAUGAGGAUUCUGAAUUACCUGAACCUUUCGAGAAACCAUCUAGUUGGAAGCAUUCCUUCUUCCAUAGCGAGUAUGCAAAGCUUGACCUCUGUUGAUUUUUCCUACAACAACCUCUCUGGUUUGGUUCCGGGCACCGGCCAAUUCAGCUACUUUAACUCCACGUCGUUUGUGGGCAACCCUGAUCUCUGCGGUCCUUAUCUAGGGCCUUGCAAGGAAGGGGUUGCCAAUUUUUCACGCCAAGCGCACGAGAAAGGCCCACUGUCUGGCUCUUUGAAACUAUUGCUUGUGACUGGAUUGCUUGUUUGCUCGAUUGUGUUCGCAAUUGCUGCAAUCUUCAAAGCCCGGUCGUUGAAGAAGGCCAGCGAGGCUCGCUCGUGGAAAUUAACAGCGUUCCAACGCUUGGACUUCACGGCCGAUGAUGUUCUGGAUUGCUUGAAGGAGGAUAACAUCAUAGGCAAAGGCGGUGCCGGUAUUGUGUACAAAGGAUCGAUGCCUAAUGGUGAGCAGGUCGCCGUCAAAAGGCUACCGGUAAUGAGCAGGGGUUCUUCCCACGACCAUGGAUUCAAUGCGGAGAUACAGACUCUGGGGAAGAUCAGACACCGUCACAUUGUGAGAUUAUUGGGUUUCUGCUCAAACCACGAGACCAAUCUUCUGGUUUAUGAGUACAUGCCAAAUGGGAGCUUGGGCGAGGUUCUUCACGGCAAGAAAGGGGGCCAUUUGCACUGGGAUACUAGGUACAAGAUUGCCGUGGAGGCUGCAAAGGGUCUUUGCUAUCUUCAUCACGACUGCUCGCCCCUGAUCGUCCAUCGUGACGUGAAAUCAAACAACAUUCUUCUCGACUCCAGUUUUGAAGCUCAUGUUGCAGAUUUUGGCCUUGCCAAGUUUCUGCAAGAUUCGGGCACUUCGGAGUGCAUGUCUGCAAUUGCUGGCUCAUAUGGAUACAUAGCCCCAGAAUAUGCCUACACGCUCAGGGUUGAUGAAAAGAGCGAUGUGUACAGCUUUGGUGUAGUUCUCUUAGAACUCGUUACCGGCAGGAAGCCAGUUGGGGAAUUCGGGGAUGGCGUGGACAUUGUCCAAUGGGUUCGAAAAAUUACAGACUCGAAGAAGGAAGGAGUCUUCAAAAUCGUCGACCCGAGGCUCCCCUCAGUUCCUCUGCACGAAGUGAUGCACGUAUUCUACGUUGCAAUGCUGUGCGUCGAAGAACAGGCAGUGGAGCGCCCGACAAUGCGCGAAGUUGUUCAAAUCCUAACGGAGCUUCCAAAACCACCUAGUUCAAAACAGGGAGACUCAAUCUGUAACAACACAAUUACAGAGUUAUCCCCACCACCACCACCACCACCACCAGGCACUGCCCUAGACUCUCCAACAGCAACAACAACCAUAGACUCAAAAGACAGCCAACAGGCAUCACCUCAAUCACCACCACCCGAUCUUCUAAGCAUAUGAAGUGGGGUUUUUAGUUUGUGGGAAAUUGGGAGUUUGUUCUGAAUUCUGGAUUGUGCUAGUUCUUAUUUUUAUUUUUGUUAUCUGGGGGGUUGGGUUUGCUCUAACUUUAAGGAGUUUUCACUACAUGUUUUUAAAAGUUUUUGUGUACAGUAGCAAUUGGGAGGGGGUGUUUAUUUUUCUUAUAAGCUUUUGUCUUUAUCACGUAGUAGUAGUACUAGCUUUACUGCUUCAUCCUCUGGUAAUCUGUUUAUGGCACAGCUGUUACAGUUC